AUCCAAUUCAAUCAUAUGCAAAGUUGCCAAGCUACUUUCACAUAUUAGAGGCAACUUACCCUGGUUCCCAUAUAAGAUUGCACAAAUCAGAGGAUGACCGUUUUCUAUAUGCGUUUGUAGCUUUGUUCACCUCGAUAAAAGGAUGUGAAUAUUGUAGACCAAUUGUAGUUGUUGAUGGAACUUUCUUAAAAGGAGCAUACAAAGGGACACUACUAACCGCUAAUACCUUAGAUGCAGCAGGGAGUAUACUGCCACUUGCUUAUGCCAUUGUUGAUUCAGAGAAUGAUGCAUCUUGGAGGUGGUUUUUUGAGCAAUUCAGAGACGCAUUCGGUCAAAGAUUAGAGAUGUGUAUCGUUUCCGAUAGGCAUGCAAGCAUUAUUAAGGCAGCUUUGAGAGUCUAUGAUGAAGUACUUCAUUUUGCGUGUAUGUGGCACUUACUGCAAAACAUAAUGAAAAACUUCAGAAAAAGUCAGCAAAGGGUAACUGAGUUAUUCUACUCUAUGGCAAAAACAUACACCAUGACAAAAUUUAAUCAAUGUAUGACAAUAGUUGAGAAAAUAGAUAAGAGGAUCAAAGAUUACUUGCUGAACAUUGGAUACAACAAAUGGUCGCGUGUGCAUGCUGAAGUAAAUAGAACUUGGAUGAUGACGUCAAAUAUAGCAGAAUCAGUCAAUUCAAGAACAAGACAUGCCAAAGUUCUUACAGUCUUACACCUCUUGGAAUUCAUGAGACAGCUGGUCCAGAAAUGGAAUAACAAUAACAGAUCAAAGGCGACAUUUUCAGGUUUUCACCUUGGGAAAAAGUAUGAAAAUAUAUUGCGGCGCAAUAAAACUGCAUUAGAGAAAUUAAGGGUAUGCUUGAUCUGUAAAUUAUUUUUGCUAAUAUUUUUUCUUCUGAUUCAUAUCUAA